AUGCACAUGGUAGUAGUCGUCGUCGUCGUCGUCGUCGACAACCUCGAGUUCGCCGAGGUCAUGGAUCGAAUUGGUCUGCGAUCGGAUGCUUUGAUGAGCCGCCAGAAGGCUGCUGCAGCUACCAACCAAGACCAGUUGGCGUGGCCCACGACGUCAUUUGCGGCUGCAAGCUGCCAGGCCCAGACCUUUGCUGCCGAGAACCUAUUCAAGCAGUGCCAGCUGCCAGCGCCCCGUCGGAUGUUUUCUGGCACUAACCCACUUACUCAACCAGCCAAAGAGAUCAGCAAAGCAUACCGGGCCGCGCACUCCACCGUCCAUCUAUCCACAGGCCUCUCCCAUCGCGCCGCUUUCAUUCUUAACCCCCCUCCUCCCCCGUCCAGCACAAAAUCGCAUCGCCUCUUUGGCAAGGGAGGUCUGAGCGGUCUAGGACAUGCUCUGCGCCGCAACACCGCCGGCGCCUUUGGGCCCGACCUGGCCAAGAAGCUGUCGCAGCUCGUCAAGAUGGAGAAGAACGUCAUGCGGAGCCUGGAAUUGGUCGCCAAGGAGCGCAUGGAGGUAGCCCAACAACUCUCCCUCUGGGGUGAACACUGCGAUGAGGACGUCUCGGAUGUCACCGACAAGAUUGGCGUGCUGCUGUACGAGAUCGGCGAGCUUGAGGACCAAUACGUCGACCGCUACGACCAGUACCGCGUCACCAUGAAGAGCAUAAGGAACAUCGAGGCGUCCGUGCAGCCGAGCCGGGAUCGCAAGCAAAAAAUCAUGGACCAAAUCGCCCAGCUUAAGUACAAGGAGCCCAACUCGCCGCGUAUCGUCGUCCUCGAACAAGAACUCGUCCGCGCCGAAGCCGAGUCCCUCGUCGCCGAAGCCCAGCUCUCCAACAUAACGCGCGAAAAGAUCAAGGCCGCCUACGCCUACCACUUUGAUGCCCUACGCGAGCACUGCGAAAAGGUUGCCAUCAUCGCCGCCUACGGCAAGCACCUUCUCGACCUGAUCGACGACACGCCGGUGACCCCCGGUGAGACCCGCCCCGCGUACGACGGCUACGAGGCCAGCAAGGCCAUCAUCCAAGACUGCGAGGAGGCCCUGACCAAUUGGGUCGCACAAAACGCGGCCGUCACCGCAAAGCUCUCCCCACGCGCCCGAACCCUCUCCCAGCGUCGCAGAAAUACCAUCCGUGCCCGCAAUGGCGAGUUCGUCCACCACCAGCAGCAGCAGCAGCAACAACAACAACAACAACAACAACAACAACAGCUCCAGGCCCAACAACAAGGACAGCAGCAACAACAACUCACUUACCAACCCCAACCCGGCAUCCCCGUCGCCCAACUCACUCCCCAACAGACACAGACUUCCCUCCCCAUCCAUCCCUCCCCUCACCAAACCCAGGCCUCGCCUGCGGCCGCGGCAGCACUCGCUCAGCAGCAGCCUCAACCCACCGGCACAACUCUCCAAGGUCACCCCCAUACCCUAGGCCAUGACCUCUCUGGACAAGAUGCCCCGCUUAACGAUUGGGCCCAGCCCCAUCACCCCCAUCAGGUCCAUGCUCAUGCGCAGUAUGUCUCCGACGAGGAUGAGGAGGACGAAGAAGAUGAAGACGAUCUUGAUGAGGGGCCAUUGGAUAUGCCACACCCGCCGGUGUCUAGUUCCACGACUUCGACGGGGUCGUCGACGGCUGUGGGUACUGGGGGGCUGAAGGGGUGACUGGGACGUAUACAUGCGCUGCAGCAUAUGCAACAGUAA